CCGUAUUUUACUAGUUGCUUCUUUGUUAGAGUACCCCACAAAAUGCGGAAAAAUAUUUAACCUCUUAUCGAAUGGUUUGAUCUAGUCAAAGCAGUCAAGACAAUAUAAAUAUCUCUAACAGAAACGCAUAAGUGUGAAAAUGUAUAAAUUCAGGGACCAAAUUUGAUAUUUCGGUAAUAUCAGAAUUUUUAAAGUAUACUUUAUAAGUUAUAAUGCCUACACAAACUAGUACGGGACCCAAAUAUGUCAAUGGGCAGUUGCAAAUUGUUGAUAUGAGCGAUGAUACUAUUACAGAAAAUACUAUAGCUGUCAAUUCCCAACAUAAGGAUUAUCGUCUCAUGUUUGUUAUGGAAAGAUUAAUUCAACAUCUUCAUGAUUUUGCCAGAGAAGUAAGGCUUUCAACCGAAGAAUGGGAACUGGCUAUUGAAUUUUUAACUCAAACUGGUAAAAUGUGUUCAGACAUUAGGCAAGAAUUUGUUUUACUAUCAGAUACUAUGGGAUUUUCGGUUUUGGUAGAUGCCAUUUCUCAUCCUAAACCUGAUACUGCUACAAUUGGAACAUUGCUUGGUCCUUUCCAUACUCAUGAUGCUGAGGUACAUGAUCAUGGUUCUUCAAUUAGUUCAGAAGGAAAGGGCGAACCUUUAUUAAUAGAAGGUAAAGUGACUGAUCCACAGGGUAACCCUCUUGAAGAUGUUAAGAUAGAUUUAUGGCAUUGUGAUGAAAAUGGUUUCUACGAUACACAAUACGAGAACCGUGAAGGUGCAGAUAUGAGAGGUAUUGUUCAUACAAAAUCAGAUGGUUCAUUUUCUAUUAAAGCUACCAAGCCUGUAGCAUAUCCUAUCCCUCAUGAUGGUCCUGUAGGCAAAUUAUUGCAAAAGCUCAAUAGACAUCCAUACAGACCUGCUCAUGUACAUUUCAUUAUUGAAAAGGAAGGUUAUGAUAAAUUAAUUACUGCUUUAUAUCAUAGAGGUGAUAAGUAUGAAACUUCAGAUGCUGUAUUUGGAGUUAAGUCUAAAUUGUUGUUCAGUCUUGAAAAGAUGGGAGAGGAAAGAGCUAAAAAGCAUAAUAUGAAACCUGAUGAUUGGUAUUUGUAUUGGCACUUCAAGUUGAUUUCUUUAGACGAAGCUAAAGAAUUAGUAUUGAAAAAUAACAGAGAAGCUUUGCAGAAGAUAGGCAAAGGAAAUUACACUCUUGAUGAAGCUGGUCUUCCUAUAGCAUCACCUUUGGAUUGAGUUUUAAUAUCUAUAUACCUAAAUACCUAUAUAAUAAUGCUAUUUGGCUUUGAUACACUAAUGUGAUAUGAAAAACAAUACACGCUGUAGGUUUAGUAAAGAUGACUAAUUUCUGUCAAGAAUUAUUAAGAAUAACUCUCAGAUUUAGCCGUAGACACCGAUUUUAAAAGUUCCUCAUUUGAAGGAGGCUUAUCAGAUCGGAAAGAAGAACCGUCGUGGACCCGGAACUAUUAUUGUUUUGCAUCUCAGUUUGAC